AUGAUGUCACUGGAUUGCCUGAUUGUCCUCUUCUUGUCCUACUGUAAGUAUCUUUUCAACUUGGAUAUGUCAGAGGAUGAUGGCUCCGAGGAUGUCCGUGUUCGGAUACGAGGAAAGUGUAAAAAGUUGUGUGGCCAAGGGUUUCAGAAGAGGAUUCUCUUCUAGGGUCACUGGGGACGGCCUCAAAUGAAGCCCAAGACAAUGGAAAUUCGUUUUUCCUGCGUCCCCGGAAUUCUUGACCCCGCCCUUCGCGCCGUACCCUGAGGGCAAACAGAACUGUCUUCCGCAAACAAUGUUAUGAAUCCCGUAGUGAUUCUUUUUCCUUUAUUUUUAUGUCGAUGCUUUGCUCAGUCCACAACAGAUUGGUCGCCGGUCGAUCGCUAUGGUCACUCCAUAUACGAUGAGGAGUUACAGCCUGGUAAGAAUAAUAUUUUUGAGGAUUGAAAGAGUUCAGAAACCGUUAAACCCGCAAAUGAAGAUGAGGAGAGACUGGUCAUCGACAUGUUCCAGAACUAUAAUCACCUAAUUCGCCCAACCCCUUGUCAUAAUAGUAGUGUUGUUUUUGUGGAAUUUGGAGUGGCCAUGAUCUUAUUGAUCAAUGUUGACGAAAAGAAUCAGAUCAUGCAGACGAAUGUGUGGUUGACAUUGAAGUGGAAUGAUUGUCAAUUUAAUUGGAAUCCGGCGGAUUACAGGGGCCUUCAGAGUAUGAGAGUGCCCGUCCAUCGGGUCUGGGUACCUGACAUUGUCCUUUUUAACAAGUGAGUUAACGAAUUUCAAAAUUUUUUUUACCUCCGGCUUUGAUUAGAAUUUAUUUUGUCGCGUCUUUUUUUGCAUUUUGUUUGUUUUUUCGAUCGCGGAAGGCGUCCAAAUUGAAUAACCUUGUUUUUCCCCUUACUUCCAGUGCCGACGGCAAUUACGAAGUUUCUUACCAUAGCAAUGUGGAAGUGGAUUACCGUGGGAACGUCACGUGGGUGCCGCCGGCCAUCUACAAGAGCUCCUGCCGAAUCGACGUUGAAUAUUUUCCCUUCGAUGAACAGACUUGUCAACUUAUAUUCGGCUCGUGGACAUAUAACUCUGACGAAGUCAAACUGAAAUGGUAUAUGAAUAAGAAGGCUGUGGAACUGGAGGACUACAGUUACAGUGGAAUCUGGGAUGUGAUGCAAGCGCCAGGGGUUCUGGUCCAAGAUAAAAGCAAAAUGCAAUUCCAGAUCGUCAUCAGAAGGCAGGGAAAACAAAGAUAUAGUCAUCUCCUUUUAGAAAAACAUUGUUUUACACAGUAAUCCUGAUCAUCCCGACAGUUCUGAUGGCCUUCUUGAGCAUGAUGGUGUUCUACUUGCCAGCCGAAUGCUCCGAGAAGAUAACUUUGGGCAUCUCCAUCCUCCUCGCUCUGGUUGUUUUCCUCUUACUUGUUUCCAAAAUUCUUCCUCCGACCUCGGAUACAAUCCCCCUCAUGGCCAAAUACCUCCUGCUCACAUUUAUUUUGAACAUCGUGGCUAUUGUUGUGACUGUUGUCAUCAUCAAUGUCUAUUUCCGUUCAGCGACCACCUCCGUCAUGUCUAAUGCAGUAAGAGUCAUCUUUUUGGAGUUCCUUCCGCGAUGUCUGAUGAUGAAAAGACCUGAAAGGAUUCCCAUUUUCAACGGAUAUUUCGUUGAGGAGUACUGUGUAGAAGAGAUUUUCGAUGCCAGUAAGUAGAUCGUACUGUUAUAGAUCAGUAUUUGUGUCAGGGAUGAUAUAGUUAUUUUGAAAAAACUCUCUUCCAGGCUUGAUAAUGCCCUCAAUAACGGCGACUAUCCUUCCGUUCACUGAUGUUGGGCGUCGUCGUCGUCCUCUUGUUGGCAAGCAUCAUCACAAUUGCCAAGCCCGGAGAGCCAAAGGACGGACUUUUUCAGCUCUCAGAAGACCUCCCCCGCCGCCGGAAGAGGUGGUGGACCGACGGAAAGUAAGAGAGGCAGCAGAAGAUCUCCUAAGCGGGAAAUAUACAUUUGGUCCGAAGAUGAAUAUGGAUCAGAAAAACGCGGAAUUUGGACAUGAACAGAGGAUGAGUCAGGACCUCCAAACGACCGUUGAGAGCAUCGCUUUUAUCGCUGAACAUAUGAAAUGUGAGAUGAGCGACAAAAAGGUAGGUUUCGCAACGUUUGAUGACAUGUAUAAUGUUCGAAAAUUCCUCUGAAUUUUGUGGUGAUUACAUAUAGUACACACAUAUAUAAUUACGAUACUAAAUUUAGGUCCGCGAUGACUGGAAGUAUAUCGCUAUGGUGAUAGAUCGUCUGCUGUUGCUGAUAUUCUUUGGAAUCACAUUCGGCGGGACUAUUGGGAUCAUCUUCUCGGCUCCUCAUGUCUUCGAUUACGUCGAUCAGCAUGAAGUUAUCAAGAGAUUAAUCGCCGAAAGCAGAAUGGACGCCGAGUCUGGAUUCUCAUAG